UCCUAAGGUCCCUUGGUCGAAUUUAAUUCAAGUGUUGUAUGUAUGUAUUCAUUUUAAUAUUUGCAUUUCUGUUUUCUAACUUUUAAUGAUAUAUACACAUUUGCAUUUUUAGAAAAGCAAAACUACUUGAGAGAGAGGAGUGUGACUUUAAAAAAUACUGCAUUUGGUUCUAAAAAGGGUUUGGUAUGCCCUGUUAAGACAUAACAGUUUCAUAUGAUGUACCACAAAAUUGUCUGUGUUUGAACAAAAGCAAACUAAUGACUGAUAUUCACGUUUUAAAAAAUGAAUUGUUUAUUCCCUGGUCUGCACUUGCAUGCAGUCUGUGUAAAUAUUAAUCUAAUUAUGACAAGUAAUGAUGCAGUGGCCUACUGGGCAUCUAUUUGCAUUAGCUGCUGAUACAGUAUAUAUAAUCAGCUUAGCUGUGCUAUCAAUACCCUGCUACUAAGGAACAUGUCUCGUGCUGCAGCAUUGCAUAUCGUCAGGCUGCACAGACCAGAAUGAAAUGUUGAAACAUUAGAAACAAACAUUAGAAGUAUCUGAAAAUGUUACAGCAAAAGACAUGGUAGCAUAUGCAUGGGGAUGGUGAACAACUGUGGGACAACUGCAGAAAUGACAACUAUUUAAACCAGUAGUUUAAUGUUGGGGCUGAUAUAUAAUGAAUGACUAUUUUAUAAGUGCUAAAUGGUAUCUUUUGCCUUUCCUUCCUUUCCAAAUUCAAACCAAUAUGAAAAUCAUAGUCCAUAAAACUAGAUAUGAAAGGUUCUCAGUCAGCAUUGAAACCUACUAAAAGAAUAGAAUAUAUAAUAUAGCUUUAUUGUCCUUCUAAGCAGGGCAGACAACGAAAUGCUGACUUAAGUGAAAGUCAGAUUUCUGGACAUGUAAAGGACUGUUUUGUGUUAUUGACACUCUCACAGUAAAAUUAACGGUCACUUUUGGCUCUGUGAGCUGAACAGAGAUUUGUACCAGUUUUGAUCAUAUUUUAUUGUAGAGUCAACAAGUAGUUGAUUAACUAAUAGAUUAAUCAGUAAUGAAAGUUAUCACGACUUGCAGCACUGGUCAGCCUCAAGUUGUCCAAACAGGCUUGUUUCACUGAGCCACAAAGUAUAGGGUAACAUCUCCCAAAUUGUCUUAUUAACAAAAUUACAUAUUUCCAAUGCAUGGAAAAUAUUCGAAAUAAGAUGAAAAGCAUUGUGGAUAUGUAGGUUUAAAAGACAGAAAGAAAAAUAUAUCAUAAUUAUUAUUAUUAAUAUAUUAUUAAUAUAUCAUCAUAAUUAAUAUGACAUACGUAUGAAUAUUUAUUUAAAUAUAUAAUUGUAACAGUUUGCUGAAGACUUAAAAAAGAGACAACCUAAUAACGUGGCAGGUCUUAGUAGUGUGGAUGUUGUAUGUUGUGUGACUGCGAACGGAGGAGGUGAGAUGACGAAGCCCCGCCCCCUGCCCGUGAAGAGCAGCAGCCUGCUGGAAACAUCCAGGUACAUCCAGAGAUACCUCAACUGAGCCACCGCUCCUCAGGAGUCUACGGCAACGUCAGAGCCAAGAUGGGGCGGAAAGAGAUCAUCUGCAGCUGGAAGAAAAGCACCAGUAACAUCAAGGAUGUCUUUGACUUCAAGGGUAAAAUGGGAUCGGGGUCUUUUUCAGAAGUUUUCAUGGUGAGAGAAAAGAAAACAGGGAAACUGUAUGCCCUGAAAUGUCUGAAGAAAAAGCACCUUGCUCAUAGCAACCUGGAAAAUGAAAUCAAUGUACUCAGAAGGAUAAAACAUGAGAAUGUGGUGGGACUAGAGGAUUUCUAUGAGAGUCGAACACACUAUUACCUUGUCAUGCAACUGGUGUCAGGCGGGGAGCUGUUUGAUCGCAUUUUAGACAAGGGAGUUUAUACUGAGAAGGAUGCUAGCACAGUGAUCAAACAGGUGUUGCAGGCUGUCAGCUACCUGCAUGAGAACAGCAUCGUACACAGGGACCUCAAGCCCGAGAACCUGCUCUACUAUAACACAGAUGAGAAUGCUAAGAUCAUGGUCAGUGACUUUGGCCUGUCUAAGACAUUGGAGCAUGGCGUAAUGUCCACAGCCUGUGGUACACCAGGAUAUGUUGCCCCUGAGGUUUUGGCCCAGAAACCCUACAGCAAAGCAGUGGACUGCUGGUCCAUUGGAGUUAUCACUUACAUCCUGCUCUGCGGCUACCCUCCAUUCUUUGAGGAGAAUGAAACACGUCUGUUUUCAAAGAUCAUGAGAGCUGAGUAUGCCUUCCAUUCACCGUUCUGGGACGACAUCUCUGAGUCAGCAAAAGACUUUAUCAGGAGUAUGAUGGAGAAAAACCCCAUGAAGCGCUUCACCACUGAACAGGCACUCAGACAUCCCUGGAUUGCUGGAGACACAGCUAAAGACUUGGACAUUUAUCAGUCUGUCUGUGAACAGAUGGAGAGAAAUUUUGCCAAAUCCAAAUGGAAGCAAGCCUUCAAUGCAGCCUCAGUAAUCCAUCACAUGAAGAAACUACAGCUGUCCCACAAUGAGCCCUCCCCUUCACCCCUCUCCUUGCCCGGUAUCAUAGUAGAGUCCUCCUCUCAGAAUGAUCUGGGAGCGCUGGGACCCUGCCACGAUGUGGCUGCUGCCCUCGACCCCAACGGGAAUCCACUUCACACUGCCAAUCAUCUAUCCUGCAGUAAUCCUGAGUCAGGCAGAUGUCUCUGUCCACCAAUGAGAGCCAGCCACAGUGGUCACGCCCUCACCACUGCUGAGUCGAGAGAAGUCCAUAACUUUCAUUCAGAGGGCGACGCUCCUUUCAGGCAAUCCAAGAGCAUGGAUGCCGUGGCUCAGAGGAAGGACCAGCCGCUGCAGUCUGGAGUUUGUUGUGUCAUGUGAUGGCACUCAGUGGCAUCCUUCUUGGUGUGAAGGUGUUGACACGUGCUGCUCAGCUUUUUCAUGUCUGUUGUGAUUCCUGGCUGCAGAAAAUAAAUUCCAACAACAGACACACACUGUAUCUGCACUGCAGAAAACACGUUAAUGUGGAGUGGCUGUGCGUACACAGUGGAACACUCAUUAAAACAGACAGAAGCAGGAAUUCAUUAUAUAGCAUUCAUACAUAAUCCUGUUUAACUGAUGACAUUUAUUUUCUUAAAACUGUUAUCUACUACUGUCAAGAUGUGACUAAAUUCCCCCCAAAAAUAUUUAUUUUGAAUAGAUUUAGAUUUUUGAAUUUCAUUUGACUGACAUGGCAAAGUUUUAUAAAGCUCUGAAAGAUUUCAUACUCUGAAACUUCAGUCAUGUCAUUGGAUUGCUCUGUAUGUCAUUAUUAAGCUAAUUUAAUAUCUGCUGUUGGACUGGGAAUGUACAGUCAGCUGUAGCGUAUGGACUGUUUUGAACUUUGCCGGCAGAUUUUUGGACACGUAUCAUUAUUUUGCCACUUGCUGAAUUGCAGUGAUGGAUCCACAAUGCAGAAAAAAUGUUCUUUUUGUUUCUGAGAUUAAACUGUAUUUUGAAGUGGAGGCGUUGACACACGGUAACUGGGUGUUCGCCUUGUCUUCUGCUAUACGUACAUAAGCUGCUCUCUUGUAAAACAACAACUUAUCAAGUGCCACAAGCUGGUGUAAACACUAGUGAUGUCAUGGAUGAUUCUGAAUUCACAAUGUAGCGACACAUACAUCUCUCUUUUGUAUAUUAUUUUCUCAAUAAAUAUGUGGUAACUAGUG